AGAAGGUUGGUCCCGCCGCUCCUCAAAACAUGAACAGCUAUCAGCGCCUUGGAUGGCGCUGUCUACGCUGUCAAUUGGGCGCUCAAAGCUCAUGGCUGAUAGAAACUAAUGCGCGUAGACAAUGGACUGCGCGGUGGCAACAACUCUCGAGAUCCCCAUCAAAACGACACUAUGCGAAUCCCGCGGACUCGCCGGGCUUUCACUCCAUCGUUGACGACCCUCCCAAGCUCGUCCGCGCCGGUCGCAAACGUCACGGGCCUGGCAUAAUUCUCCUAGCUCUCAUACCUGUCACUGCCUUCGCGCUAGGGACGUGGCAGGUCCAGCGUCUGGGAUGGAAGACGGACUUGAUCGCAAAGUACGAGGACCGCCUGACGAGACCGCCUCUGCCGCUUCCCCCCUUUGUGGAUCCGGAAGCGGUGAAAGAGUUUGACUACAGGAGAGUGAUCGCUACAGGCAAAUACAGGCACGACCAAGAGAUGCUUGUGGGUCCUCGGAUGAUGGAAGGGGAGAACGGUUUCACUGUAAUCACGCCGCUGGAGCGUCCCAAUGGAUCUACCAUCCUCAUAUCUCGCGGGUGGAUUGCAAGUAGAUUCAAGGAUCAGAAAACGCGAGAUCCCUCAGCGCUGCCUACGGGCGAAGUCCAGGUGCAAGGCUUACUUCGAGAGCCCUUCAAAAAGAACAUGUUCACACCUGAAAACAACCUGGAGAAGAAGGAAUUUUAUUUCCCAGACAUUCCGCAGAUGGCGAAGCUAGUGGGUGCGCAGCCCGUGUGGGUGGAGGAGACUAUGGAGCCGGAGCUCAUGGAAACGAUGAGGAGGCAAGAGAGGGGCAUACCUGUUGGAAGGUCGCCUGAGGUUGCACUGAAGAACAAUCACGCGCAGUACAUUUUCACAUGGUAUUCAUUAUCUCUGGCCACUUCCAUAAUGCUUUGGAUGAUUCUCAAAAAGAAACCGUCGUCCGUCACGCAGCGGGUGACGAGGAACAGAGAGUGGUAGGACAUGCUCCUCCAAUCUCAAGCGUACGCACGCACAGGGCGUGGUUUGCAAAAUCUACUCCUCUUCGUCCUCUUCGAUGGUCUCCAUCUUCUGUGUCGUUUGUUUUCUCUUCCGUUUCUUGCCCUUAGCCUGUUGCACGGGCAUGCGCACCUCUCUCAGUAAUUCUGGAGGGAGAUGCUUUGACGCAAGAGAAAAUAACGUGGUAUUUUGGUUCAGUACCCGCUGCCUGUAACAAGUACUGUGUAAGCACGUGUAUCAAGUAAAGUAAAUGGAUCGAAGAAAGGUGGAGCGAUCAUCUUACCUUUUCAUUGCAGUUAUGACGUCUGCUUCUUCAAUGGUUUUUCGCCCUGCAUGAUCGGCAUAAGCG